UUAGCUGUGUGCAACAAGUUACAAUCAAGAUUCAAGUUGAAUACAAAGUGUUCAAAAAUUCGGUAUUCGUGAUUCUCAUUUGCUUGAGCUUCUGUUUAACUUGUCGAAUCUAUUGAUGUUUCCAUGCAUUGAGAAAGUAAAUUUAUAUAAAGUCCCUCACUUUAAACUCGGUCUUUUUUUUGCUUUCUGCCUUGUGUUUAAACCUAUUAAUUUAAAUUUUUUGAAUUACUUAAUUGACUGGUGACUUUUAAUUUAAAUAUGGCAGAAUAUUUAGCGUCAAUUUUCGGAACCGAAAAGGACAAAGUAAAUUGUAGUUUCUUCUUCAAAAUCGGAGCAUGUAGACAUGGGAAUCGUUGCUCUAGAAUUCACAAUAAACCCACCUUCAGUCAAACCAUAUUGCUACAAAAUUUGUACCAAAAUCCUAGAAAUGCUGCUCACUCUUUGGAAGGAAACUCCACAGGCAAGCCUACAAUGACUGAAGAAGAAGAUCAGAAACAUUUUGAUGACUUUUUCGAAGAUGUUUUUGUUGAAUUGGAAGAUAAAUAUGGCGAAAUCGAAGAAAUGAACAUCUGUGACAACCUAGGAGAUCAUCUAGUUGGUAAUGUAUAUGUUAAGUUCCGUCGAGAAGAAGAUGCUGACAAAGCUGUCCGUGAUUUAAAUAAUCGUUGGUUUGCUGGGCGACCAAUUUAUGCAGAAUUAUCUCCAGUGACUGAUUUUAGAGAAGCCUGUUGUCGCCAAUAUGAAAUGGGUGAAUGCACUCGUAGUGGUUUUUGUAAUUUUAUGCAUUUAAAACCGAUAUCUCGAGACCUUAGGCGCCAACUUUUUGGACGUAGACGAGGAACUGCUAGAAGUUAUAGAUCACGAUCCAGAUCACGUAGUCGUGAGCGUGAGCGUGGAAGAGAUCGUGAUCGGCGAUCUAGAAGCCGUGAUCACGGAUCUAGGAGUCGCGAUCGUAGAUCAAGGAGUCGAGAAAAGAGGUCAAGUAGCCGCACUCGAAGAUCUCGUAGUAGAGAACGAAGAUCUAGAAGUCGUGAUCGUCGUGAGCGAAAACAUCGUUAAUCACAAACUGUCCAGAAAUAUUUCACCAAAAAUAGGCACCAAAGCUAAACACAUUGAAUUCUCAUCCCUAGCAUCUAUCAUAUUUUAAUAAAAAAAAUCAAUCUUUGCGUGAUAUUAACAGUUUCAUAAUUAAUAUCUAUACAUUGUAAUAAUAUCUAUGCUCUGAUGAUUUUAUUUAUUGUUUGGUUUAUGAGUGAUUCAGCGACAAUUUCCAGAAAAUCUUUCAUGGAUUCCAAUUUUCAAAACAUUGGCCAAAAAUUUGCUCUUUAGUUAAUUAAAUUUCCUCCACUGUCAAUCUAA